UCGGGGAACAUUCAAGAAGCUCAAAGUGCAGCGGCUAAAUAUGCCAAAUAAAUCGACGAUUUGAAGACUUUAAUCUGUUUCAGAUUACUCAAAGUCAUUUUUUGGGGGAAAAAAUAAUAGUGGUGAAUAGCAUUUUUACAUAGUUCAACACUCGUUUGAAUGAAAAUACGUUUAGCGAACACUUACCAAGGAGUCUUGAACGCAACUCGUCAGCAGGUUGUUAGGUUACGAUGGUGACUCUGGUGGAGGUGCUGAGUCUCCUGCUGGUGUCGGUGUUGUGGGGCUGCACCAACCCUUUCCUCAAGAGAGGCACGGAGGGUAUCGAACAUGUGUCCAAGUCCGGCAAAGUGGCUCAGUUUCUUGCUGAGCUCAAGUUUCUCUUCCUUAAUGUCAAGUACCUCAUCCCGUUUGUCCUGAACCAAAGUGGCUCUUUGGUUUACUAUUACACACUUUCCACUGCAGACCUGUCAUUGGCUGUUCCCGUGUCCAACUCUCUCACCUUCCUGUGGACUGUGCUCACUGGCAAGUUGCUGGGUGAACACUUUGGAGGCAAACAGGCUGUUGCUGGAAUGUUCCUCACUAUGGUUGGCAUCACGUUGUGUAUCAUAAGCUCCAUAGAGGACGCCGGCACUCAGGCUCAGUCCUGAAGACGUUCCAGUGUUCAUGAACACACUCACAAGAGCAUUUGCUCUUUAUUAUACUGUGGUGCCUUGACUUAGGAGUUUAAUUCGUUCCAUGACCAUGCUUGUAGCUCAUAUCUCAACUCAUCUUUCCCCACUGAAAUGAAUAGAAAUCCUGUUAAAUAAUAAUCCGUUCCAGCCCAUUAUAAAACGCCAACAAUAUUUUUGGUCCCGUUUUUAAUAAGAAAAAUAACACUACAGUAUUGUACUCAACACGGCCUCGAAAAUAAUACAACUUUAAACUGAUAACAUUUAGUGUUGUAGUAACACUCCAUAAAGGUGCUUUCCUGGGGUAACAAGAUAACAGCACAAUGCGAGGUUGUGGUUGUAGCUGAUGAGUAUGUGACAAAUGAUUGACAUUAAUUUUAGACAGGCCUUCGCUCUCUGAUUAGUUAUUUAUCUUCAAGCGUAGUGGUUUCUUGUAUAUGAAAUUAGGGGCACAAAGUGGGGCCAGAGACCAGAUUAUUUUUCACAGAUCAUAUUUGUCAUGUUCUACUGUCAAGUCAUAAUGACUGUUUUAAAUAUGGAAAUGUUUUUUAUUAUUAUUUUUUUAGGGGGGGAGGGAUGCAAAACUCUUAAUUCAGCUUACUUCUAAGUCAAGGUACCACUGUAUAAAUAAGUCGUGUAGAUUCCUCUUCCCGGAACAUAAACAUCUAUACGCACUGGCGCGACCAUAUCAGUUUACUGUAAUGCAAAUCAUGACAGCGUCUCCACGAACAUAAGAUCAUCAUCUCAAUUUAUCUGAGAGAUUAAAUGAAGGAAUGCUGUUCACUUUUAAUAUUUAAAAAAAAAAAAAAAAAAAAAGAGUGUAAUUGCCCUUUUAAUUCUCCACUUUCCUGUGAGCUAAUGUCGGUCAAAAGGAGGUCACCGGCGGCCCGUUCAUCCAGGUCAUUUACAUUCGAGUGGCGUGUCCGACAGGAACCAUAUUUCUGAGCCAAAGCAAACAAGUGAAGACGUGUCCAGAGAGCAUUAUGCCAAGUGUGAGGGAGCGCGGGUGGGUUCACGCAGGGUUCACUCCCACAACUUGACCAGAUUUAUGGAGCUCCUAUAGAAACGUUCACUUUGUCGCACUUAAACGCCAACGUGAAAGUCAUCUGCUUAAAGGCCUUUACAGGACAUGUAAAAAUGAAAGUGUGGGAGCACACCGCUUAGUGUCUGAAAUAUAUUCCUUCUCCUGCACCUUCUUUUCUCCACUGAUGCUUGAAAUUUUUAUGAAAAUAAGACCAGAACCCUAAACAAGAACUUGAGGCACAUGCACUUUAAUUAUUUUGAUGACUUGGAUACAAAAGUACACACCUCCUGUUCUCGUUGUUUUGUUACAUAAAAAAUGAGACCAAGAUGAAUCAUUUCCAAACUUUUUCCACCAUUAAUGUGACCAGUAACUUGUACAACUCAGCUGAAAAAUAUCUUGUGUUUUCGAGCGAGGAAGUAAAAAUAAACAACUGAGACAAUGUGGUUGCACACGUGUGCACACCCUCUCGCAAUUGGGGAUGUGGUUGUGCUCAGAAUUAACCAAUAACAUUCAAACUCAAGUGAAAUACGAAUCAGCACACAACUGUCGCCAGUUAAAGGGCCUCUGACAUGGAGAAUGAUGUAAAACUCCCAUUUGCAAUCUGGGAUGGGCUAAAUGGUUCCCAUGACUCAAGCAGUUAAAAGCAACAACAACAAAUGCUGUCAAUUGUACAUAAAAUAAUAGUGGGGGUGGGGUGCAUAGCGUGGCCUAUUUGUGUUUGUUCAUUUACUUUCAUUGUUAUGGAGAAUGACAAAAUUUUAUACAUCUAGAAUUAGAUCUUGGGACUCAUAAAACUGUCUAAAAACGAAAAAAAAAAAACAUUCUGGAUUUGUCUGUUUUUAGAUACCUUAUGGUAAUAAUAUUCAGAUGAAGUGAUCAAAAUGUGUAUUGCUGUGUGAAAUAUUGUGUAUCUGCAUCCAAAUAAAUCUCACCAAAAAAUACAAUUUUAAUCAAAUACUUUUAAUUCCCUUUUUUCAUUCAGACUUUCAGGAAAUGAUUUCAUUGCAUAAACUAAGAUAUGUACACUUCCGGAAGCAUUUGUUCUACUUUUUUAAUGUACAUUUCCUUUAUGAAAGCAAGAAUAUACGACAUUGCUUGGCUCUUUAACACAAUUUGAUGAAAGCAAAUAAAUCUCCUCAGAGUGGUUACGAUGGUUCUUCGAUUAGGCCUUCUCCCUGGUGGUGGUUCUGUGCUCCUUUUGGACCCUUCUGUGAAAAAUAGAUUUGGAUUUUUGAGCCCUGAUCUAUAGCAGUGGUUUUAAAAUUUUGUUCAAGUACCACCCAAAAAUACGUAGCUCUCCAAGUAUCACCAUCAUGACCAACAUUAGAAUACACUAGUACUAUAGGAGACCUAAAUAUUCAUAAAAAAUGAGUGGUUUUAUUCCUAAAGAGUAUAGCUGUAUUUAUUAUUGUAAUCCACUGUAACAUUAUGUACUUGUUUGAACACUGUUUAAAUGUAGGAAAACAAAAAAACUACUUCAUAAAUCAAAUUUAUUGCACAUAAAAGUUUAAUUAAAAAAUACCUAAAUACAUGUUUAUAAACAAACUUUUAAAGAUGAAAUGCAAAUGUAUUUAUCUUAAAAGUUAAAUACAACUAACUGUACUCAGGCAGUAAUUCUUUCAUGUACCACUAGAGGAAGCCUAAUGGUACGCGUACCAUUCUUUUACGAAUCACUGAUGUAUGACAUACAGUUACACUCGCCUUUUCCUCUUGAUGGUCCAAAGUAUUUCCCUGAAUUUCUCUAUGAGAAUUGGGAGUGUUCAAAGUCAUCUUGUUGAGCACAGGUUCCUUUAAAUGGAGAUAGUGACAUUAGACACGCAAUACAAGUUAGUCCUAAAAAUUGUGUGAUGUGUGUGUACCAGAUUUUCAGUGUUAAACUCCUCUUCUGUGCUUUGUAUUAUCGCCGUCUUUUCUGCUUCAUCUUGCUCAGACAGCGGCAACUAUAAAAUGGAAAAAUCGGAACAUUUUAGAAAAUAGUAAAACUUUAAACUGAUAACAUUUAGUGUUGUAGUAACACUCCAUAAAGGUGUUUUCCUGGGGUAGCAAGAUAACAGCACAAUGCGAGGUCGUGGUUGUAGCUGAUGAGUAUGCGAUAAAUGAUUGACAUUAACAUUAGGCAGGCCUUCUCUCUCUGAUUGGUUGUUUUUCUUCAAGCGCAGUGGUUUCUUCAAAUUAGAGCCACAAAGUGGGGCCAGAGACCAGAUUAUUUUUCAUAGAUCAUAUUUGUCAUGUUCUACUGUCAAGUCAUAAUGACUGUUUUAAAUAUGGAAAUGUUUUUUAUUUGUUUUUUUUGGGGGGGGGGAGGUUGCAAGUCAAGGUACAGUGGAGGCUUACAAGUCCCUGUAUAAAUAAGUCGUGUAGCUUCCCCUUCCCGGAACAUAAACAUCUAUAUGCACUGGUGCGACCAUGUCAGCCUACUGGGAUGCAAAUCACGACAGCGUCUCCACGAACAUAAGAUCAUCAUCUCAAUUUAUCUGAGAGAUGAAAUGAAGGAAUGGUGUUCACUUUUAAUAUUUAAAAAAAAAAGUGUAAUUGCCUGUAAUUUUAGGAGCCCUGUUAAUGUAAAUACAGAAUUUUUUUUAAUAUCAUGCUUGUGUUUGUGUCUUGUGUACCUUCAGUCUGCCAUGCAGAGCAUCAUAUGUGUUGUUCAGCUCCUCAUCCGCCACUAUUUCUGCCACCCUCUUGAGGAUAAAAGACACAUUUACAGUUUAAAAAAAAAAAGACUCACUGGACAAUUUAUUAGGUACAUAAUCUAAUGUGCUCCAAUAAAAGAGCUGUGUCAAAAAUUCUGCCUUUACAAAAAUAAUUAGAGAAUUAAUAAGGUAAUAACAGAACUCUGUG